GACAUAUCAGCUUUGGAGCUUGCCCCACCUCGCGCAGGGUGUUCGUAAAGUGCUUCAGUCUGAUGUGGCAGAUGAUGGUGAUGCCCCCGUGCCCCGAAUCCAAGAUGCUGAUCCUGCACGCCAACAGCUUGACGAUGAUUUGGCCAUUCUGGGCCGAGGUUCACAUGCUGAAGCCCGGGUGGAUGAUGAUGAUGAUGUGGGUAGUGAUGAGCUAGUUAGAGAGCUAGAGGCCCUGUUUCAAGUUGAUGAUGAGCAGUCCCAGGCGGAGCCAGAUGGUGUUCAGGCAGACCCAGUUCCUCCAGAGCAAAUGGAGGAUGUGCAAAUGCAGGACCCGCCGUUGGAGGAACCACCAGUCGUAGCACCUCCGGGGGAAGAUGAUGGGGCUGACUCGGAUGCUACGAAGCCUCGUGCCCCUUUCACAGGCGCAAUGAGGCAGCGUUUGCAUUUGAAUCAUUAUGUUUCCAUUGACGCAGCACCCACAGAUGAAGUUUUGAAUGCCAUGAUAAUCACAGAGAG